GAGUGGGCCCGAGGUCUGAGUCAGAAAAGGAGCUGAGGGGGCUGGGGACAAGAUCCUUGAGCGCCGUUCUGCGCCUGCGCCGCCCCCCGUCUCCUCCCUGCCUGUGUGCGUGCAGGGUACAGCAGCGCCUGCCCCUCAGCCUGCCGCGGCCGGGUCCUGCGCCUCUGCCCUGGGCACCCUGCACGGGCUGCGCGCAGCCAUGGCCCAGAUCCUGCCCAUUCGCUUCCAGGAGCACUUCCAGCUCCAAAACCUGGGAAUUAACCCAGCGAACAUUGGAUUCAGCACCCUAACAAUGGAAUCUGAUAAAUUCAUCUGCAUCAGAGAGAAAGUAGGGGAACAAGCACAGGUCGUGAUAAUUGAUAUGAGUGAUCCAACUACACCCAUCAGACGUCCAAUUUCUGCAGAAAGUGCCAUCAUGAAUCCUGCUUCUAAAGUCAUUGCUCUGAAAGAUGCAGGGAAGACACUUCAGAUCUUUAACAUUGAGAUGAAAAGUAAAAUGAAAGCCCAUACUAUGGCAGAGGAAGUGAUCUUCUGGAAGUGGAUAUCGGUAAACACAGUUGCCUUGGUGACAGAGACAGCAGUCUUUCAUUGGAGCAUGGAGGGAGAAUCUCAGCCCCAAAAGAUGUUUGACAGGCAUGCUAGUCUUGCAGGCUGCCAAAUCAUCAACUACAGGACAGAUGAACACCAAAAAUGGCUACUCCUAAUAGGAAUUUCAGCCCAGCAAAAUCGUGUGGUUGGUGCAAUGCAGUUGUACUCAGUUGAUAGGAAGGUUUCCCAACCUAUAGAGGGUCAUGCAGCAGCCUUUGCAGAAUUCAAAAUUGAAGGAAACUCCAAGCCUUCCACGCUCUUCUGUUUUGCUGUACGGAGCCCUGCAGGAGGCAAGCUGCAUAUAAUAGAAGUAGGUCAACCUGCUACUGGAAACCAGCCCUUUGUAAAGAAAGCUGUUGAUGUGUUUUUCCCUCCUGAGGCUCAGACAGACUUCCCUGUGGCAAUGCAGAUUGGAACUAAGCAUGGUGUUAUCUACCUGAUUACGAAGUAUGGAUACAUUCACAUGUAUGACUUGGAAUCUGGAGUGUGUAUUUACAUGAACCGUAUUAGUGCUGACACAAUCUUUGUAACUGCUCCUCAUGAACCUUCCUCUGGCAUUAUUGGUGUGAAUAAAAAAGGACAGGUGCUUUCAGUUUGUGUUGAAGAAGAUAACAUUGUGAACUAUGCUACGAACGUUCUCCAGAAUCCAGACCUGGGUCUGCGUAUGGCUAUCCGCAGUAACCUGGCUGGGGCCGAGGAACUGUUUGCCAGAAAGUUCAAUACACUCUUUGCACAAGGAAGCUAUGCAGAAGCUGCUAAAGUGGCAGCAUCUGCACCAAAGGGAAUCCUGCGUACCAGUGAUACUAUCAGGAAGUUCCAGAGUGUACCAGCCCAGCCCGGGCAGGCCUCUCCCUUGCUGCAGUACUUUGGUAUCUUGCUUGAUCAAGGACAACUUAACAAAUUUGAAUCUUUAGAACUCUGCCGUCCUGUCCUGCAACAAGGGCGCAAGCAGCUCCUGGAGAAAUGGCUGAAGGAAGAUAAGCUGGAGUGCUCUGAGGAACUAGGAGACCUGGUGAAGACCGCUGAUCCAACCCUUGCACUCAGUGUUUACCUUCGUGCUAAUGUGCCAAACAAAGUCAUUCAGUGCUUUGCAGAAACUGGUCAAUUCCAGAAAAUAGUGCUCUAUGCCAAAAAGGUUGGAUAUACGCCGGACUGGAUCUUCUUGUUGAGAAGCGUGAUGAGAGUCAGCCCAGAACAGGGACUACAGUUCUCUCAGAUGUUGGUGCAGGAUGAGGAGCCCCUGGCUAAUAUUAACCAGAUCGUAGAUGUAUUCAUGGAGAACAGUCUCAUUCAGCAGUGCACUUCCUUCUUGUUGGAUGCUUUGAAGAAUAAUCGCCCUGCUGAAGGACACCUUCAGACACGUCUGUUGGAAAUGAAUCUGAUUCAUGCACCACAGGUUGCAGAUGCCAUCCUUGGAAACCAGAUGUUUACACUCUAUGAUCGUGCUCAUAUUGCCCAGUUAUGUGAAAAGGCUGGCUUGCUACAGAGAGCAUUGGAGCACUACACUGAUCUCUAUGAUAUAAAGCGAGCUGUAGUUCACACUCACCUCUUAAACCCUGAGUGGCUUGUAAACUUCUUUGGCUCUCUGUCAGUUGAGGACUCUGUGGAAUGUCUGCGUGCUAUGCUAUCGGCCAACAUCCGACAAAACCUACAGCUCUGUGUGCAAGUAGCUUCUAAAUACCAUGAGCAGCUUGGCACCCAGUCUCUCGUGGAGCUUUUUGAAUCUUUUAAAAGUUAUGAAGGAUUGUUUUAUUUCCUGGGUUCUAUUGUGAACUUCAGCCAGGAUCCAGAUGUCCACUUCAAAUAUAUCCAGGCAGCCUGCAAGACGGGUCAAAUUAAGGAGGUAGAAAGGAUCUGCCGUGAAAGUAACUGCUAUAACCCUGAACGAGUGAAGAAUUUUCUCAAGGAGGCCAAGCUCACAGACCAGCUUCCUCUGAUCAUUGUUUGUGAUAGAUUUGACUUUGUUCAUGACCUGGUUCUCUACUUAUACCGCAACAACCUGCAGAAGUACAUAGAGAUCUAUGUUCAGAAGGUGAAUCCAAGCCGUAUACCAGCAGUGAUUGGAGGGCUUCUUGAUGUGGAUUGUUCUGAAGAUGUUAUUAAGAACUUGAUCAUGGUGGUUCGAGGCCAGUUCUCAACUGAUGAGCUGGUGGCUGAAGUGGAAAAAAGAAAUAGGCUUAAGUUGCUGCUGCCAUGGCUGGAAUCUAGAAUUCAUGAAGGCUGUGAAGAACCUGCCACCCACAAUGCUCUGGCUAAAAUCUACAUUGACAGUAACAAUAAUCCUGAGCGGUUUCUCCGGGAGAACCCAUACUAUGACAGCUGUGUUGUAGGCAAAUACUGUGAAAAAAGGGACCCUCAUUUGGCCUGUGUUGCUUAUGAGAGGGGGCAGUGUGACCUUGAACUCAUCAAGGUUUGCAAUGAGAACUCCUUGUUCAAGAGUGAGGCUCGCUAUUUGGUACGCAGAAAGGAUCCAGAACUUUGGGCAAAUGUCCUUGAGGAAAACAGUCCAUUCAGGCGACAGCUCAUUGAUCAGGUUGUCCAGACGGCCUUAUCUGAAACGCAGGAUCCUGAAGAGGUUUCUGUUACUGUGAAAGCUUUCAUGACUGCUGAUCUGCCCAAUGAACUAAUUGAGCUUCUUGAGAAGAUAGUCUUGGACAACUCUGUGUUCAGCGAGCAUAGGAACCUGCAGAAUCUUCUGAUCCUGACUGCCAUUAAAGCUGACCGCACUCGUGUAAUGGAGUAUAUCAAUCGUCUGGAUAACUAUGAUGCCCCAGAUAUUGCCAACAUAGCCAUCAGUAAUGAGCUAUAUGAAGAAGCCUUUGCUAUCUUCAGGAAAUUUGAUGUUAAUACUUCUGCAAUACAGGUGCUGAUAGAGCACAUUGGCAACCUGGACCGUGCCUAUGAAUUUGCAGAGAGAUGUAAUGAACCAGCUGUAUGGAGCCAACUGGCUAGAGCACAGCUCCAGAAGGACUUGGUGAAGGAAGCCAUUGAUUCCUAUAUCAAGGCUGAUGAUCCCUCUGCUUACAUGGAAGUUGUUCAAGCAGCUAGUAGAAACAGUAACUGGGAGGAUCUGGUUAAAUUCUUGCAAAUGGCCAGAAAAAAGGCCAGAGAGUCCUAUGUAGAGACGGAACUUAUCUUUGCUUUGGCAAAAACCAACCGCCUCUCAGAGCUGGAAGAGUUUGUGAGUGGCCCUAACAAUGCCCACAUUCAGCAGGUUGGAGAUCGCUGCUAUGAGGAGGGAAUGUAUGAUGCAGCAAAGCUGCUCUACAACAAUGUAUCUAACUUUGCCCGCCUGGCAUCUACCUUGGUGCAUCUUGGAGAGUACCAGGCAGCAGUAGACAGUGGCCGCAAAGCCAACAGCACCAGGACCUGGAAGGAGGUGUGCUUUGCCUGUGUGGAUGGAAAGGAGUUCCGCCUUGCACAGAUAUGCGGCUUGCACAUAGUAAUCCAUGCAGAUGAACUCGAAGAGCUGAUUAGCUAUUAUCAGGAUCGUGGCUACUUUGAAGAACUGAUUGCCCUCUUGGAAGCUGCUUUGGGCCUGGAGCGUGCUCACAUGGGAAUGUUCACAGAACUGGCUAUCUUGUACUCCAAAUUCAAACCUCAGAAGAUGAGGGAACAUCUGGAGCUCUUCUGGUCCAGAGUCAACAUUCCAAAGGUGCUCAGAGCUGCAGAACAAGCUCACCUCUGGGGAGAACUGGUCUUCCUUUAUGACAAGUAUGAAGAGUAUGACAAUGCAAUAAUUACAAUGAUGAACCAUCCCACUGAUGCCUGGAAAGAAGGGCAGUUCAAAGACAUAAUUGCUAAGGUGGCCAAUGUGGAGCUGUAUUACAAAGCCCUGCAGUUCUAUUUGGACUACAAACCUCUGUUGAUCAAUGAUCUUCUGCUGGUAUUAUCUCCACGGCUGGAUCAUACCAGGACAGUCAGCUUUUUCUCAAAGGUUAAUCAGCUGCCUCUAGUUAAGCCUUACCUGCGUUCAGUCCAGAACCACAACAACAAAGGAGUCAAUGAGGCUCUAAACAAUCUCCUGACAGAGGAGGAGGAUUAUCAGGGCUUGAGAGCAUCUAUUGAUGCAUAUGAUAACUUUGAUAACAUCACACUAGCUCAGCGCUUGGAGAAACAUGAAUUGAUUGAAUUUAGGCGUAUUGCAGCCUACUUGUACAAAGGUAAUAAUCGUUGGAAACAGAGUGUGGAGCUCUGCAAGAAGGAUCGUCUCUACAAGGAUGCCAUGCAGUAUGCUGCGGAGUCCAAAGAUGCAGAACUGGCAGAGAAACUGCUCCAGUGGUUCCUGGAGGAAGGCAAACAGGAGUGUUUUGCAGCAUCUCUCUUUGCAUGCUAUGACUUGCUGCACCCAGAUGUGGUCCUUGAGCUGGCAUGGAGGCAUAACAUCAUGGACUUUGCAAUGCCUUAUUUCAUCCAGGUGAUGAGGGAAUACCUUACCAAAGUUGAUGGGCUGUUUAAUAAGGUGGAUAAACUUGAUGCUUCUGAAAGCCUAAGGAAAGAAGAGGAACAAGUAGCUGAACCCACUCCAAUAGUAUUUGGCCAGCAGCUAAUGUUAACAGCAGGCCCCAGUGCAGUACCUCCCCAGGCCAACUUCCAGUAUGGAUACACAGCUCCAGGAUUCACCCAGCCGCCUGUUUAUGGUUUCAAUAUGUAACUAGCUUUGACAGAUCUACAGUCUGUUUUUGGUUUUGUUUUUUUGUUUUUUCCUCCCUUCCUGUCCCGCUAACUUCUUGGAGAAGUUUACAAUGGUCCUAAAGGCACAGAUGACCCCUCGGUUGGUUGAAUACUUGCUGUCCCACUCAGUGAGGAGAUUUCCAGAGGAUACCUGUUACCAUUAUUUAUUGCUAUUGUCCGGUUACAUUUCAACCUCAAAGGCAGCUUUUGUUAAUUAUGUUGCAAGACUCUUGACUGAAGUUGAGGCACUAUUUAUCUAAAACUCAGAAUAUAGCAAUAACUGCUUGAGGCCAGGGGGAAGAGGGAGUGCAUAUUCCUUGCUGCAAACCCAUUGCCGGCAGUGGUUGUGCUGGGGAAUCACCUGGCACCAAGUCGUUAAAGCUUUAAAGUACUGUAGCUGAAGCUACUAAGUAGGUAGCAUGGAUGUUCAGAAUUGAGUUCAGCAUCUUCUUACUGGUGGACUGUUAGAAGUUUGCUUAAAUCUGACUACCCCCAUUUUAUUUGCAACAUUGUAUGCAAAAAGGAGAAUGGGCUUUCAAAUAUUUCUUAAAGUACUCUGCAAAUUGUUGGAGGAAUAUUGGGGAAAUUUUUUGCAGAAAGUUAUUUGGGAGGGUGGGGGGCAGAUUGAGCCUGUUCUGUACUUAUGGAGUAGGUUUGAGACUUAUUCUCUUCCAGUAAUUAAAUCUGAUCAUACCAGAGAGCGAGCAAACUUCCCAGAUGCCUUUUUUGUUUAACAAGAGGGGAGAGCAUGUUACUCAUUGACAUUAAAUGGUACAAAAGGAAAUCUCAGCUAUAUGUAUGCCAAGUUGAACGCAGCAGGAAUGUGUGUGUGUGUGUGUGUGUGGGCUGCCAAAGUACUAUGAGCAUAUGCUAAGGUAACAGUGAUUCAGAGUGCAGUGUCAGGAUCAGGGAGGGGAUAUAUUGCUGAAAUACUUGAGGUAGUGGAGAGGGAUAUAAUCCUGGUUUUGCACCUUUAUUAACUCUGAUGCUGGAGUCAAGGUUUUCUGCUCCACCAUGUUGGGCUGACUCCAAUUCCUGACCCUGACUGGCAACUAGAGGCAGUGUCAUCUGAUCUGACAGGGUUCGGCAACUCUUGGUUUUGCUGUGCUGUAGUAGUAUAAAUGGCGCAUCCACCGCACACUUUUCUUUGAGAAUGCCAACAGGGCUGUAUUACUUUGUGCCACUCUUCAAAUACAUAUAUCAUUAACGUUUUAUGUACUGAAAUUAGAUAACAAUGUAUAAUUUAUGGUUAUGAACUUUGUGCUAAUCAUGAAUAUUAUAAAAGUCCAAUUAUAAAUGUAAAACUGGUGUA